ACCUCCAGCCCUGCAUAAAGCUGCAGCGGCUGGGGGACCCGGCACUCAGCCACACAGCCAUGGCUCACUCAGCAGCCCCCGGCCUCGCGCUCCCCACCACGGCUCUGCUGCAGGACUGGGGCUGCCACGGACCCCCGGACCCCGAGGGCUACAGCAGCAGCUCACCCGCACCUUCGCCUGACUCCUGCGGCCUCUCGUCUCCCACCACGGCCCGGGGGUCCUGCCACGGCCUCACCACCCCUCGCCUGCGGAGUGGCUCCGGGGGCAGGAAGGGGGUCCGGGGCGCGGGGGGCGCGGGGGGCCCGCGGCGGAGCGCCAGCGAGCGGGAGAAGCUGCGGAUGCGGCGGCUGGCACAGGCCCUGCUGCGGCUGCGGCACUACCUGCCGCCCGCGCUGGCCCCCGCCGGGCAGAGCCUCACCAAGAUCGAGACCCUGCGCCUCGCCAUCCGCUACAUCGCCCACCUCUCGGCCCUGCUGGGGCUCAGCGAGGAGGCGCUGGCCCGGAGGCGGGGGGAGAACUCCCGGCACUGCCCCCUCUGCCCCCAGGGCCUGGGGUGCUGCCAGCCCCCGGCCCCCCGCCUGCACCCGCCACCUCCGGCCCCGCGGGAUGCUUUGUCCCCCGGCACUGUGGGCUGGGGGUCGCCUCUCGUGGUGGGGACCCCCUCGGAGCUGCAUGGGGCCUUUGACAUGGGGCCUGGGACCUGGGGGUCACCCCCCUGUGUCCCUGCAGUGGGAACCCCCCCAGAGGUGCUUGUGGUUCCCGACAUGCAGACGGGGACCUGGGGGUCACCCCCCUACAUCCCUGCAGUGGAGACCCCCCCGGAGCUGCACAGUGCCACGGCCUCUACCACGUCCUCCUGGCCUUCCCCUCCUCACUGCGCAGGAGCCCCCCCAGAUCUGCCUGAAGACCCCCUUCUGGCUGCAGGGCUGAUGCUGCCGGAGUUCGUGGAUGCAGCAGUGGUCACGCAGGACCUCUCUGCAGACCUGCUCUCGCUCUUGGAGGCUCUGCUCCCGCCGCAGCCCCAGGACUGACCCACACCAGCCCUCAGCUCGCCGGAGCUGCCGGUGCCACGCAGACCCACAACACAGCGUCCAGACACCUGCACCUCGGGGGACAUGUGUGUCCCCUCGGACAGCUGAGAGGGGAGUGAGCUGCCUCUCCUGUGAGCCUGGAGCUGUCCUGAACGUGCUGGAGUU